CAGGCUGGUGGGUGGGGCUGGGGGCUUCCCUAGGACAGCUGCAUUCGGUGCGGUCAGCAUUCCUGGUUUUUCUGCCUCCCACCGAAGAUGGCGUGUGGCCAGCAUUUGGAGAGGGCAUCUGGUAAAGGUCCGGAGGUGGGAAUGACAUUGACUGGAGAACGUGCACAGGUGACCGGCCUGCCCAGGGUUGGGGUGGAUCUCUGAGACAAGUUGGAGAGGGGCUCCAGGAGAGCGAUGAGGCCGGAUGAUAGAAUUCUUGAGGCCCUGGAUGAGUUGCUCCGGUUGUUUCGUGGCGCUAGAUGGUCACCCUUUUCCCCACGGAGCGUGCUCAGAGUCUUGGCGUCCUUCUCAGCUUGGCAGACCAGGUAGCCACUGUUGCUGGGAGCACACCUGCCUUCUUGGCACAUAGGUGGGGAUUAUCUGAAGGUCUUUAGUAGCUCUUCAAACCCCAGACGGUGGCGGAAAGUGGGAAAGUGUCUGGGAAUCCAAGAGCUGGUGUGUUCUCUGAUGUGCCUGGCGAAACAAGACCUGUACAACAAGUUCAAGGGGCGUGUGCAGGCAGUUUCUCUCCACGCCAGGUCCCCCUGGGUAGAGUCUGAGUACCUGGAUUACCUUUUUGAAGUGGAGCCGGGCCCGCCCGCCCUGGUAGUCACUAGGACAGAGGAGAUCUUGAGCAUCGGUGCCACAUACCAGCUACCCCUCUGCAUGCCCGCGCCGGAUCUGAAGUACGAAGUGGAUUUCUGGAAGGAGGGGACUGGGAACAAGACCCGAUUUCCAGUCACUCCCCAUGACCAGCCAGUCCAAAUCCCCCUCCAGCCAGCAGCCAGCGGACACCACUGCCUCAGCGCCAGAACCAUCUACACCUUUGGGAACCCUAAAUACAGCGAGUUCUCCAAGCCUACCUGCUUCUUCCUGGAGGCCCCAGGAGCCAGCUGGGCAUUCCUGGUGCUGCUGCCGCUUCUGGGGCUACUGCUGUUGGUCAUUGCCACAGGCCGUGUGAUCUGGAAGAGCUUCGCGGGAAAUCCUUGGCUUCAGCGGGCAAAGACGCCACGGGCCCUGGACUUUUCUGGACACAGACACCCCGUGGCAACCUUUCAGCCCAGGGGCCCAGAGUCCCCAGAUGACCUGGUCCUCUGCCUGCAAAAGGAACUGAGCAGAAGGGUCCCGCUGAGCCCUGGAGUCAGGGUGCCAGCCGCCGUCCAGGCAGGAUCACGGGGCAGUGCUGAGGAGGAGAAGGAUGAUGAGGCGGACGCGGGCGGCAGCCUCAGCUUCGAGCCCUACAGUGAACCGCCCCCCUUCCUCCGGCGGGCGCACCGGCUCCCCGGGCAUGCUGAGGCAGGGGGGCCCUGGGCCCCUCUGGUCCGGGUCAGAGGCUCCCCUGUUUGGGAUUCUUCAGGCGGAAGCUGGGCCAGCCCUGUGGGCUCCUCCCCCUGGGACGAGGCUGGGUCCUCUGCUUCUUUGGCCAAGAAGGGGCCAGAUCGAGGGCCAGGUGGGGACAGGUGUCAGGAGCAUCUCCCACUAUCUCAAUUCUCUGAGGACUCGGAUUCCCUGGAAGAGCCCCCGAAAGACGACUUCUCCUCCUGGGCCAACUGGGACUCAUCACUGGAGCUGCAUCUGGACCCUGGGAAGCCCCCGGUUUCUCUUCAGACACUGACCUUCUGGGACAGCUGCUCUGAGGAGGAGGAGGAAGAGGAAGAAGAGGGUGGGAGAGAAUCAAAAAUUGAGAAUAGCAGUACUGACAGCUGGGGGGCCGAGAGUCUCCCGAGGACUGGGGUCAAAGGUGGGACGCUAGGCUAUUACAUGGCCAGGUGAGCUUCCCCCAAGUCUGGUGCUGCUGAGCUUGCCAAGGACCCAAGAUGCUACUGAGACUUGAGAGCUGGGGGGGCCAUCCCUGGGCUGACCUGGCAGGGGAGGUCAUCCUGCACACCGCAGCAGCAGGGGGACCCCAGCUGGACGCUGUUUCUCAAUUGGGUUGAGCAGUAAAGGACCACCCCAUCCCAUGGCCUCAGCUUCAGGCUGAGCUCCAAGAGCGGUAGAGACAAGGAUGGGCUGAGGUCAGAGACUGUUUGAGUGUCAGAUCACCCCACUGUCUCUGGGGUGACAGGCCAGUCAGAAAUCCCAUCCCUGGACAACAUGAAACAGGUGAGGUCAAUCACAGUGGGCCUCAAGGACGGACGCUACAGGGGCCAUCUCGAUUUGGGGGAGGGAAUGUGGGGGCCCAUCGCUGUCUGCCUCAUGCCCUUUCUCCGGCAUCCGCCCUGCUGCCUCCUCCCCGGAGUCUCGCCCUGCUGAUUCAUGAGCCCCUAGGGCGGGCGCAGCCGAAAUUGUCAGUUAGCAGAGGGUGUUGGAGUGAAACGGAAAGGGUGGUUGUCGUUCAGAUCCCACUCUCUCAGUCAUGGAACUGCAUGGUUUUUAAUAUCAGACAGACCUGGGUUCAGAUCUCAGCUCUGCCAUUCACUGGCUGAGUGACUCUGGGUAAGCCUCCUUCCUUCCCCACCGCGGUUUGCUCAUCUGCAGCUACCACCGCGCUGUGAUGAGGGCUCCGAAAGAGAUGUGUGCACUCAGUGCCCUGCUCGUCACUGGCACUGUCCACACGAGGGCUGGGAGGAUUCUCCAUCCCCCAGGCUCCCAGGGACCUCUGGGCCCCUGAGCUCAGAGCGCCUGGGAGCGUUCACUUGAUCAGCGUGCCUCACCUCUUGUCUACCUCCUGCCGCCACCCUCCCUGCCCCCACCUCCUGGUCAGGAAACUAAGCUCUCAGAGGCAAGAGUCCAGCCAAGGGGGCCCCUGGUCUCUCCCUUUUCCCUACAAAGAAAGAAACAAAUUGCCCAGCUUUCCAGGGUUCUGAUUUGGUGGGGGUAGGGUGCAGCCCAGCAGGGAACUGACACCUGGGCCUGUAGACCCUGUUUCAGACCUCACCUCAGACCCUUUUGUUGAUGACUGUGGUUGUAAAGAAGUCUCAUUUUCCUUCCAGUUAUCAGAAGCCAGUGUCUUCUGGAAAUAGGUGACUGUCUUACCUGGGGGUACUGAUAUGUGUUCUCAAACAAACCUCCCAGUAUAUGGAUGAGCAUAGCUGAGAUUUCAGCCAUAGGGACCAAGAUUUUUAUGGUGCUGUGGCCAGAGAUCUGAACAAUCUUGGCUCUGGGACCUGGGACCUGCCAUUUAAUGUGCUGGGACUUAGAUUUCUGCAUUUGUGAAAAAAGAGUCUUUGUAGCCACUUCACCCACAGAGGCUGUGUUGUUUUGGAGCCAUUAUGAGGAUAUAGCUUUAAAUGAAAGGUCUGGAAAAGCUUUCGAGGGCAUCUGGUCCAGGAGUUCUCAAACCAUGUUCCUAAAGGUCUUGGGCUUCAUGGGAGAAGUCUCAAUUGCAGGGGGAGCUGUGGGCUAUAGGAUCCCCCACGUCAGCCAGAGCUGCCUCGUUUUGCCCUGACUUAACACAGGUGGCCUUCCAUGGGGGUGGAACUGAGAGCAUUCCACUUUCAAGAAAAAGUUAGUAAACCACUUUUUCAUGGCGAUAGAGAUAGUUUGCGGAGCUGGCGCGAGUGAGCAAACCACUUUUUAAAUUGAACACCUGUCUUGUUAAAACGAAGAUGCUGAAAUGUUGACUUCUUGUAUAUAUCCCUAAGGGUGACGUCUUUGGUCUCUGGUUAGCUGGCCUUGGCCACGUCAAUAAAAUGCCAAGGUCUUAGCAAGGAUUUCCCAGGGGCAGCAUGCUGACUGGAGGCCUUCACCUCUGCCAGGAUGCAUACACAUGCCUGCAUGCACACGUGUGCGUUUCUGCAUCACAGCCGCAUCACUGAGCACAGGAGGAAGAACAAACCACAGAGUAGGGAAGGCUGUGGCUCAGGGCUGGUUCCCAGGAAAAUGCCCAGACCAUGGCUGAAGUUUUUUUCUAGGACCCAGCCAAGUUGCUUCGUGAAGGUAAUUUCAAAAAACUAAAAGCUAUCAUGUCUAUUGUCUUAGGCCUUAUCUAUUUAAGCAUUUUUUUUUCAGUGUUUAAUGUCUGAGAUAGGUUUAGUAAUUCUAAAUUCCAGCUCCUUUUUAGUCAUGAAGUCAUUAACAACCAUGGGAAGCAUUAGGAAAGAGCAUUGUGACCCAUAUAUAAUUUGUCAGGUGUGCUCAGCACGUCACUGUUUACAAAGCCCCUUCCCCGUGCACAGCAGCCAGGAAAUGCAUAGCAUGAGCUCCGGGCCACGCUUGGAGCACGUAAGGUGAGGAAGGGACAAUGUCUCAGGUUAAAGCAACAUUAUAAAGAUUACAUAGUAGUCUUAGGUACUUGUAUUUAUUUCUAAUUUUGUCCUCUGUUUAUAUCAUAUUUAAAUAAUUUCCUAAUGCUUGUUGGUAUCUACCCUAAACUGUUUUAAAUAAAAAGUUCUACUUUUAGAGAAAAAGGCAGAAUUGAAUGGGAAUGCCUGUGCUCUUAUUUGUCAAAGGCUCCUCACACCCAUCUAGCUGUUAAGGCUACAAGGCUCUUGGGUUGAGUUCCCAGCAGCAGACCCAGAGCCUGGGAUUUGGGGGUGUAAAAUGAAGGCAGUGAUUCCAGAAGGCACCCAUAGGGAACUGGGGAGUGACACAGGGAGGGAAGGCAGUUAGUCCAGGUAUGUAAUCAAACAGGGCACUGCUUGGGCUACUGGGGCUCAGUCCCCCUUGGGGAGCUUUGGGAGUUAAGUGUCGGACCCUCCAGAUUUGUUCCCCUGCCAGAGGAAGAAGUGGGGGCAUUUUUCCACCAGCCCUCAUCAGCCCUGGGUAGAUGUGCCCCCCCACAGAAGUACAUCCAUUUGAAAUCUAUCAAGCUGAGUGCAUGAGAAAAAUGAGUGUGUGUGUCAGGGGAUGUGGGCUAGGACACCCACAUUGCCUGUUUCAGUGAGGCCAGAGCUAUGCACACCACCCUGGAAGCUCCCCCUGUUGCAACGAAGGUCCAUGGAAGGUUACAGAACAGCCUCUGGGGCUGGCCUAGCAAACCCCAACUCAUUCCAGCAGAUCUCUAUUGAGGAGGGGCUCCCAGCUUCCAGAGAUUCUCCCGGGGCCGCAUGGUCGUUUGGGAUCUGGGAUGGUGUCA